GUUUAACCAAUUACCAGUCCCCCGACCAAUUAACCACCGUUACCACCUGCAGGCAAGCUUCAAUCUACACUACCUAGACCCGAAGCUUUCCUAACGCCAAACUACAUAUCCUUCCCAUUCCCCAGCUACCAAAUCUACUAAUUCGAAGUCGAGAAUUACCCUGCUUUACAAUAUGGCAAAGGGUUACAGCGUCUUCGUCGGCCUCGCCAUCGUGGCCGCCCUCUGCGUCGCAGCCUGGAUGUUGUCGCCCAAGGGCGAAAACCAGACAACGUGGCGCUCCUCUCUCAUCCUCGCAUUCGUCAGCUGCUACCUGAUGUGGUUCAUCACCUUCAUGGCCCAGCUGCAUCCGCUCAUCGAGCCGAGACGGUCCACCGUCCGCGAGGGCUUCCAACACAUUUGAGCUGGGCUCUGCGCUUCUCCUGAACAACACGAAGCGAUCUAGUGCGGGAAUGAUGCGGGUUGAAAGGGGCCAAGGACGAUGAGGUUUGUAAGAGUUACGAAAGUUAGAAAUAUAGGGGGGGAUAACUUAGUGUUCGGCUCGAACGUUGGGAAGAAGAAUGGCAAAGGGCACGACGGUGCUGCGAGGAGGACAAGACAAGCCGGAUUAAGCCGGGAUGGGCCUGUAUAACAUCGUUACCGUUAUCUACGUGUUUGGUUUUGGCGUUCUGGAAGAUGGGCAUCAAUUAUAUCAGCACUUGGCAGCAGCAGAGCGAGCAGAUGUUGCUGAACAUCUGCGCGGACAUAGUGUUCUUAAUACGACAGCAUUUUGAACGAA